AUGCUGUCGGACAAAUUCACUUCUUUACUUGGGUUGCCCUUUGCCUCUCGCGCCGUCCUAAAAGCGCGCGAUCACGUCCAAAUAUAUCAUCAAUCACCGCCGAAGUACUGCAGAGACUCUCAAGAGAAUGGCGUAGUCUUUUCGAGACCACAGGCGGUGGUCACAUCAACGGAUGACGGCUUGCUUGACUUACAGAGUCCUCGUCUCAUCUGGGCUGGUAUCUAUGUCACUCCUCAGCACCGCCGCACGCCGCUGAUGGAGGCCGUUACUGUCUGCCGUCGGGCUAGCGAGAGCGUCAGGUUAGAUUCCUUGCGCUCUGAUGCAAGCCGAAUCAGUACUAUUCACCAAGGUUGCUCUCACUGUCAGGAACAAAAGGAGGUGCACUGUGUCGGGCACGCUUUGGGAAUCUGUCUCGCCUGA